AUGGCGGCGGGGGAGGAGGCGGCAGCUCAGGUUAUCCCCGACUGGUGGGCUUAAGGGUUGGCGAGUCCACUCGGACUCAGCCUUACCCCGACAGCCCGGUAAGCCUCCUCCUCUCUGGUCAAGGCAGAGGGAGGAGUGCGUCCCCCGGGAACACAGCGUAUCAGGGGGGCAGGGGGAGUGGGGAGCGGGUAAGAAGUGUGCAGACCCUCGUUAGGCCCGGGAACGGGGAAGGGGACGGAAGGUCGUUGGGGAGACGACGUGCAUGAGCGCGCGCACGCACGCCUAGGACCUCUGUGUGGUACCGAGGUCCUGAAGGUCAGGCAGGCGCGUGCACGUGGGGGGGGAUGAGGGAAGGCGAGAUGGAACUCGUGAAUGAGUAGACUGAAUACCCCACAUUGUGGCCACCAUCCUGCCUGUGACCCCCAGUGGCCCCCCAGCCCUCACCCUUAAUGUCUAGUGUCCUCAUUCAUUCAUUCGUUUAUUUAAUAAAUGCCUGCUGAGGCCUAUUCUGUGUUACACUCGGGUGCUAGCACUGAGGGCUGUUUGAAAAGUACAAAAAAAAAAAAAAAAAAUUGAGAGCCCCGUACAACGUAAGGGUGUAUAUGUAUACCUUCAUUGGGGCUCGUGAUGCCUUCCACCCAUCCCACCUCCCAAAUUGUGGUCUGAUCAACUGGUAAACCCCCAUCUUUUGUGACUCCCUGUGUCAACUUUCCCUGCAGUAUUUGCUUUUUAAAAGCAUGCUUCAGGGAUAAAGCAAUGCCGUAUCUGAGAAACUAAUUGUCAGAUUUUAGCGCUCUCCCAAGCAAAAAUUCCCUAAGAGUUAGGGUUGCCUGAAAGUAGAAUAGAAUACCUGGAUAUGUAAUUAGUGAGUUCCCAUUUUUAUGGGGGGGUUGCCAGUGGAGACUGGGUAGCUCUCCAUCAGAAGGGAUUCAUGUUUCAAGUGCAAGUGGAUCUGCUUGACCUUCCCUAAGCCCCAGAUGCGUCUAUUCAGAUUAAUAGCAACACUGCAAAAUGGUGGACCCAAAAGAGGAUGAAGCUAUGGAUGAAAUAACAUUUAAAAGUGACACUGUGCUGUCUGAUGUGCAUCUAAGCAUCCCAAACAAAAGGCACUUGAUGGUACGUCUGAAUGCUGUUGGCCAGCCUGUUUUUCUGUCACAAUUCAAACUUCUGUGGAACACAGAUCCUUGGAAAGAUAUUCAAGUUAAGGGUAAAAAACAAAAAGACAUUCAAAUAGAAAAUACUGUACAUGAUGACAGAAGUAUUCAGGAAUCCUCUGGAAAGAAUAGCAGUGAUGUAGAUUUUCUUAACGAGAAUGAAACUCAGACUUGCCCUUGUUCGAGAAUAGAAGCUCUCUUGGAUAAUGAUGGUGACUUGGAAGUGGUAAGAAGACCACAGGUUUUCUCUGAGACAAAACAAAAAGAAACAUCAAGAAAUAAAAUACAUCCUAAAAUUCUAACCAUAGGAGCAGAAAAUUUCACUGAAGAAGAAGAGCAAGAAAAUAUCCACCAGGGUUUGGUUAAAAUAGAGCACACCAUGGCCACUCCUCUGGAAGAUGUUGGCAAACAGGUGUGGAGAGGAGCUUUCCUUCUGGCUGAUUACAUCCUGUUCCAACAUGACCUGUUCAAAAGUUGUACUGUGCUCGAGCUUGGGGCAGGCACUGGGAUUGCCAGCAUCAUCACAGCAACAGUUGCUAAGACUGUUUACUGCACAGAUGUGGGUGAAGAUCUCCUCACUAUGUGUGAACGGAAUGUUUCCCUGAACAAGCACCUGACUGCAAGAGGAGGAGGUGUAGUUAUGGUUAAAGAAUUGGAUUGGCUAAAAGAUGACUUGUGUACUGAUCCUCAAGUUCCUUUCAGUUGGUCUGAAGAUGAGAUUUCUGACUUAUAUGCUCAUACUACUAUCAUAAUGGCAGCUGAUGUUUUUUAUGAUGAUGACCUCACAGAUGCUUUAUUUAAAACACUCUACAGAAUUACUCACAGUUUGAAAAAUGCCUCUACAAUCUAUUUGUCAAUAGAAAAAAGACUAAACUUCACACUUAGACAAUUGGACAUUACAUGUGAAGCUUACAAUCAUUUUCGAUUUUCCCUAAAUGAUCUAGAGAAACUCAGAGAUGGCAAAAUGAAGUUUAUUGUAGAGCCAAUUGAAGCUACUUUCCCCCAGUUCCUUGUUUAUGAACGUAUAGAGCAGUUGGAACUCUGGAAGAUUAUUGCCGCACCAAUAAGUUGACCUGUCCUAUGAACAAGGCAGAAAAUAUUCUCCUAAGUCAGUUUGCUACAAUUGUUUCUAAACUAUAAUUUCAAUAAAUUCAAAAGCUAACAAA